AUGGACGAUCAACUUGGAAGCUGCUACGUUCGGACAGCCGUGAUGGAAAACAAAUUUGAUAGGAGGCGUGGGGGUAGGCUACGCAGAAAAUGGCAAGAGCCGCGGAGGUGCUUUGAUAGUGGCAUCCCCAACGUCAACAGCUGUGCCCUGGUUGAAGAGAUUUUUUUCUUGGUCUGUUUGUCGAGGCUUGUGCCAUCGCUUGCUUCAGAUCCAGGCAAUUGCCCAGGGUGCCAGGGUUUGUGUCGAGACCAAGCCGUUGUCUGUGCCAAGAUGACAUUCGAAGAACUAUUUGUCUAG